AUGGCCCGGCUCCUCUCCUCUCUGGCCCUGUUCUGCCGGGUCCAGGCCUUCCCCUGCCUGCUGCUCUGCUACCUGCUCUUCAUCCUGCUGGGGGGUCUGGUGUUCUGGGUGGUGGAGGGGCCGGUGGAGCAGCAGCUGAGGGUGGAGGUGGAGGAGCUGCGGCGCUCCUUCUUGCAGGAGAACCCCUGUGUGCGGGGGGGCCGUCUGGUGGAGCUUCUGGACAGAGCUCUCUCGGCUCACCAGAGGGAUGUAGCCGUCCUGAAGGCAGACGCUGGGGACAGAGGAUAUGAUUUCACUUCUUCACUUUACUUUGUCAUCGUCACCCUGACAACCAUGGGUAAGAUCCAACCUCCCUGCAGUCCUCUCCCUCUCUUCCUCUCAGGUUCAGACUACUACACCCCCACCUCUGAUGAAGCCAAGCUCUUCUGUAUCUUCUACUGCACCCUGGGGAUCCCCCUCACCCUGCUCAUCCUCACCCUCCUCUCCCACCUGCUCCUCCCUGUGGUCACCCACGCUCCUGUGCACCUCCUUCAGAGGGUCUGGGGUCUGUCCUCCAGCCGGGCCGCGGGGGUCCACGCCGAGCUGCUCUCUGUGGGGGUCCUCUGCCUGCUCUUCCCCCUCCCCGCCCUGCUGGUCUGCAUGGUGGAGCCCGCCUGGAGCUUCCUGGACGCUCUCUUCUUCUGCUUCCUCAUCCUGAGCACUGUGGGCUAUGGGGGGGACUCUCUGGGGAGAGGCUGGGGCCCGACAGCCAAGGAGACCCUCCAACUCCUCACCACAUGCUACCUGCUGGGGGGCCUGGUGGUGAUCAUUACUCUGAAGGACACACUCCUGCAGGUUCCCCGGGUCUGUGCGGUGAUUAGGCUCUUCUCUGGGCCCCAGUAUGCAGAGCUGGAAGGACUCCAUCUCAGUGAGCUGACCCUGAGCGAGGAGCUCUGUGAGGAGGAGGAGGCUCAGUACUCCCAGUCCAUCUGCACCGUCUCCUCCACCCCUCUGGAGCUGAUGAGCCCGCCUGCUGUCACACAGAAAGAGCCCUGAGACCACCUGACCUCCACAGCUGGACCCCCCCCCAACCCCAGCCUGUGACAAAGAACUGUUUUGUAAGUCAAAAUGGUUUCAUGUUUUACUGUUCUCUGCCUUUUAAAUGACUCGAUGCUGCAUUACUGUAUUGUUUUUGGCCACAACAAA